AUGGGGGAAGUGGUGGCAUCCGUGGGGAUGCAGCCCUCGUCCUGGUCAUUUGUGCCAGGGGGUCUCUGCUCCACCGUGGUCCGUCUGCCCGCUGGGGCUGAGCUGCCUCUUCUUUUCCAGGAGUGCUCGCCCUGCGCAGCCCACCGCUAUGAUGCUGAGAACCCGCGGACGCCCCUCCGGAACCUUCCCGACCUCUGCUCUGACUACUGCUCUGCAUUCCACUCUAACUGCCGCUCCGCAGUCUCCCUGCUGCUCACCAAGGACCGCCGCCUCCAGGAAUCCCAUGAAAAGGAUGGCGCGCGCUUCUAAUGGCUCCUCAACCUUCCCGACAAGGCCCACUGCUUCCCUAACGUCUUGAGGAGUGGCCAUCUCAACCGCAACCUGGGGGUGGUGGCCGAGAACCCUCGGGGCUGCCUUGGCCCCGGGCUGAGGAACCCGGUCUCCAUGGUCCACGCUGGGGACGGCACCCGUCACCUCUUGGUGGCCGAGCAGGUGGGGGUCUAUCUGCCUGAUGGGAGUCGCCUGGAGCAACCCUUCCUGGACCUCAAGAGCAUCGUGCUGAUCACUCCCUGGAUGGGGGAUGAGAGAGGCUUCCUGGGGUUGGCUUUUCAUCCCCAAUUCCACUGCAACCGCAAGUUCUAUAUUUAUUAUUCAUGCCUGGGCAAGAAGAGGGUCGAAAAGAUUCGGAUUAGUGAGAUGAAGCUUUCUCGGGCAGAUCCCAGCAAAGCUGAUCUCAAAUCGGAGAGUCGACUUAUGGCUUUGCAGGAAGAUAGAAAAACCAAGAAAUAGAAACAGGACAUUUGCCAGGGCAACACUGAGUCCUGUGCCUUCCCAGGGUUGAUCAGCACAUACGGCAAAUUUAUCAUCUCCUUUGCUGAAGGUGAAGCAGGGGAGCUCUACUUCCUGGCCACCUCCUACCCAAGCGCCUACACACCGCAUGGAUCCAUUUACAAAUUUGUUGACCCAUCGAGGCGAGCACCUCCAGGCAAGCGCAAGUACAAGCCAGUGCCGGUGAAAACCAAGAGUAAGCGGGUCCAGUUCAGGCCACUUGCUAAAAUUGUCUUGGACUUGCUAAAGAAGAAGUCCGAGGAAGCUGCUAGAAAACUGUCCAAUGCAACUUUAGCUUCCAGUCCAGACCGGACCUCAUCUCAGAAAGGCUCUUCCAAGAAGCCGGCUUCUCCCACAAGCAGCAGGAAGACGUUUCCAAGGUCUGGUGCAAAGCAGAGAGCCAGAGCGUUGUCCCCAGGCCCCCAGGGGAAGAGGAGGAAGAGCCCGAGACGCCCCCGAGGCAGAGGCAGCCAGUCGGCACAGUGGAGGCGAGCUGGCAGAAGUGUCCCUCUGCCUCUUCGGUCACGGUGACAGGUCAGGGGACGAGUGCCCAGAGAACCACCUUGCCACGCGGAAGCUGCUACUGCUGAAGGUGACCUUAGACGCAUGGGAAGCCGGGGGUGGAGGUGGGAACCGGCAGAGAGAGCUUGAUUUAGGCGGCACGGUUGUCCUGUCCACGGGAAUUUUUCCAUCUAAACGGAUGCUCCUUGUCUGCUUCUGCGGGGAGACCAAACCCCAUGUUGCCAGGGCACCUGGCUACUCAUGUGCACUAGUCUGUAAACCUGCUUGGAAUUCCACUAUGUGUUUAUGUUUUGCUUUGUAAAUGCCUGUGACCUAAGGUAGUAAAUCAACACUUGCUCCAAUAGACAAGCUUCUUUGAGCUCGGAGAGCCCCUCUAAAAUGGUCAUCUCCUUUGCCCCCUUUAAAGAUCAGGGUCUGAAUAAGGUUAGGUCCUGUUCUGUACCUCCAGUGCCUACUAUUUUGCCCUGGCAAAUAGCAUAAUAAACGUGACUACUUUU